GACGACCAGCCCUGCCACUACGACCCCCAGAGCAGCGCGGCUAACGACACGGGCUUUGUGGACGUGCCGAGUGGUAAAGAACGCGCCCUGAUGAAGGCCGUGGCCGCCGUGGGGCCCGUUUCCGUGGCGAUAGACGCCGGGCACGAGUCCUUCCAGUUCUACCACUCUGAGGAGCUGGACCACGGCGUGCUGGUGGUCGGUUACGGGUUCGAGGGCGAAGACGUGGACGGGAAGAAGUUCUGGAUCGUUAAGAAC